UGAUAAAAGUUUGCUAGCUCUAAACCCAUCUAUGUGUCCUCGUUACUACAAAGAGCAGAACGAGACUGUUAAAUUGUUCAAUGAAAGAGAUCCGGAGUAUAAAGAUAUAUUUGAUUUAAUGACACUCAAUACUGGAGCAAAUGUGACAACAUGUUCUCAAAUGUACAUGGUGUGGGAAGUUCUCAGCUCUCAACUUGAAAAUGAUUUACCACUUCCUCAUUGGACCAAGGAAAUUUUCCCUGAAAAACUGUUGCCAAUUAUUAGCAGAAUUUACCGUAUUGCUACAAUCCGGAAUUUGAAAAUGGUCAGACUUGUUAAUGGACUUUUCAUUGAAUACAUAAUGACAAUGAUGAACAUGAAGAAGAACAACACGAGCCCAGACGUGACCAUGUAUGUGCAUGUGGGACACGACGUGACGUUACUGGCUCUACUCACCGCCCUUGGCUAUCAAGAGGCCCAAAUACUCAGCUCGGGCACAGCCCUCAUCUUCGAAUUGCAUCUCAACCCAGCAAUGUCUAGUGGCUGGGAAGUUAAGGUGCUGAAAGUGGUCAACAGCCACGAGGAACCGGCCCAGCCAGCUCUGAUGGACUUGCCGUCCUGCACUCACCCUUGUGACUUCAACGUGUUUUUGACAAAUACUGCCAAGUACAUACCGACUAACUGGGCCAGGGAAUGUGAAGAUCUGAACUCACCAAGCGAUAUACCGUUUGUGGUACAUCCAGUCAGACAAUAAUAACAUCACAUGCGAUUUUAAAAAGAUACAUUUAUAAAUUCACUAUGUAAUAUAGUUUAGUGCCUAGAAAUUUGUAAGGUUUUAUAUUAAAAAUGUUACAUAUUAUGUCCAAAAUAAAACGCAAUUAAAUGUAGGAUAAUUUUUGUAAAACCUUGUUUUUAAUGUUGGCAAGAAAUUAAAAGUAACUGGAGAAAAUAAAAAGAAUUUAAACGCUGUUUUGGUAACCUA